AAGUCUUUUUCAAUUCUCUUCAUUUGUUGUAGUUGUAGUAGUGUAUCGUAAAAAAAUUAACACAGAAAAAUAAUAAACACCAAUGAUUAACGGUUUUUUUUCCCUUGUUGAAUUCCAACGCUAAACAACUCAAAACAAAAAUUGUAAACGGAAGCGGAAAGAAAAUUUUAAAUAAAACAAAUGACAAUUAACAACUAUUCAGCAAAGAUUACUUAGAACAUCUAACAAAUUACAUAAUAAACAGUAACAAUUACUUAUAGAAAGUGGUAAACAUUGCUAAAUAGUUGCAAAAUAGUAAAAACAUUUAAUUGUUUAUUAAAAAAUGGAAAACGAAAAAGAUUUAUAUCGUGAUACCUUGGUGCGUUAUUUAGGUUAUGCCAAUGAAGUUGGUGAAUCUUUUCGUAAUUUAGUUUCGAAAAAUGUGGUUAGAGGCAGUUAUGUGGUUGCUACCGGUUAUGCUGUAGCUGAUACUGUUGAUAAAACCUAUAAAGAUUUUAAACAAAGUUCCUCUGUUAGCAGUGCUGGCAUAACGGCUGUAGAUGUAUUCCUUUGGCAAAUGUUAGCCUCUGUUUCGAUACCUGGUUUUACCAUCAACAGAAUCACCUAUUUCAGCGGACAAUUGCUACGUAAAGUUAAUGCCAAAAAAUCUAUUGUGAAAUUUCUUCCUGUUGCUAUUGGUUUGUCUUCCAUACCCUUUAUUAUACAUCCCAUUGAUCAUUUUACCGAUUAUCUAAUGGACAAUACUUAUCGUAAAUUUUUUAAGAAAAAUUGAAUAAAAUUCAUAACGAAUAGUAAAUGAAAAUUAAAAAGUACAUGUUUUGUACGUACAAAUAAUUAGCAAUAAUUUAUUUUUAAAAACAAUAUACUGCUAUUGUGGUUUAGUGCAAUUUAUUUAUAAAAUAUUUGUAAAAAUAACAACAUUUAUUAAG